AUGGCGAAUCGAUCUCCGCAGCCAGGGCCUAAAGGCGAGAUCUCGAAACCGGAUCCUGCAAAAGCACUAGUCAGUGAGGCAUCGCUACCCAUCACGUCUUCAGGCCUGAGUGUACAGCCAGAGCAUGAGGGCCACGCGGCUGCCAAACGCGAAACAAGCAUGGACCAGAAGAUUUCAGAUACGGAGUUGCGUUCUCACGAAGCGCAACCGCGCAUGAUGGACCCUACAGAUCCAGUCAGAGAUCUAGCUCGCGUUGCGAAUUGCAACCCGGACAAACGCGACGGGAAGGAGGCUAUGCGAGCAGAUGGUGUGUCGUUCGAUGUCCAUUCGGGGUUCUUGGCUACUGGCUCGGAGGUAUUAGAGGAGUAUGCUUUUCCUGCCGAUGGUACACAAAGUCGCCCUACCUGGAAGUACGAGUUCGACGCACGAGUACACAGUCCUAUGAUGGUCGACCGCCUCUUGGAAUUUAUGUACACCGGAACAUAUCAACUCGAUAAGGGCGGACGAGCGACGCUUUUACAUCAUCCGACUAGCCUACCCAUCGGUAAGACUAAGGCCAGCUAUCCCAUGGAACUGGAGGGUCCGAUAGCCUUCCAUAUGAAGAUGUACAAAAUGGGCAAGACCUUACGGUAUCAAUCCUUGGUAGCGGUCGCGCAUACAAAGAUGGCAGAGCAUAUGCUCUUGAAGAUGCAGAUCGACGUGGGAAUGGCUAAAAUCCUCGUUAACUGGAUAUAUGGCUCAACUGAGAUGGCACAAGAUAUAGCUGAGCAGCCCAACGAUACUUUCGGGGAUGACAACCUGAAAGAACUGGUCGUAGCGUGUAUCCUGCGACACGUCCAUCAGAAGAUCUGGGAAGAGGAGGAAGUGGAAGGGCUCAAACACCAUGCUCGGGCAUAUCCCGCUUUGGAAGUGGAUUGGGAGCUUGCCGAAGAUGAGUACAAAGACGUGCUGAAGACGCGACCAGAAACUAAGAGGGCGGCGAAGAGGGCGAGACGAGGACAGCAACAUCAGCAGGAGGUUGCGAAGAUGCUCCAGCUCUCAGAGGGGCCUCACCAUCUGUAG